AAGAAAUCAAAAUGCCAAGAGCUUUUCUCGUGCGCACGAAGUCUACCGCAGUUUCCAGCGAGGCUUCUCACCAGGGUGUUGAAAAGGGAAAUAAACAAGGUAAAUACCUGGUUGUGAUUUUUCAGUCAGGUUUCCUUUGUUAUGAGUUAUGCACAUUUCCAGUCAACUUCUUUCCGGUACCCGUAGACGUUACGCAUCAAAGAUUCCAAUUUCCAUCUCGCUUCUGAGCGGAUCAUGUAUUUGACGGCAACACAUGCGAGCAAUUCGAGAUUGCUUCGAGAAUCCCUCCGUUGGCCCUUAUUCAAAGUUUGAUUUAUCUUAACGAAAUUCUAUGAUUUAGAAAUUUGAGUUUAAAGUAGUAUGCCUAUCCUGUUUUGUCUGGCAUUUUAGGAAAACAAAAUUCCUCCGCGCGACAUUAUGAGAUCAAAUGUGGUUCUCCUGUUACAGAGAGAGAUGAAGAGGCAAUCGUCCCACAACAAAUUUCCAAAGAUGACUGUUACUCACCGAAUACCUCCAACAGCAACACGGACCUCAAAGGUACUUUUCGAGGCAUAUGGAUAUUUUUGUUUUCCUAAUCCUUCGAAUUAUUUUAAUUCAGCUGAUCUUCUGGUUCUAGAAAUAAAGUACUCAGGCGCAACCUCUUUCACAUCAGAACGCGUAAAUUUAAGUUUGAAAAUUUUGACAAAUUAAAUUGAUAUGUGACAAAUUCGUAAUCUUGCUUCCCGACUUGUUCCCUUCUCCGAAUACUAAUGAAAAGAGAAUUUCUUGAAGGCGUUUUCGUUUUACAGCAACCCCAAAAAAUAGAAAAAUCUCUCUACCUACUAGAGAAUAUCGGUAAAAUCAUUGGCAAGGUAAUUGCCUCUUUUGAUUUCAAGGCCAAAAUCUACUGUUUAUUCACAACUGGUGGCCAUAACUUAUGUGUCGAAUUUACAGUCGUAAUGCCUUUUUCGAUGCAUUUUAUCCGCGCAUCAUCAAAAACGAAUCGUUUCAUGUCAUUUUUUCUUUACUUCUUUGCCUGUUAGGGCGAGAAACUUCGAAAUUCAAAAGCUUUUUUAUUGGUGCUCUGAUUCCGUUAAAACAUCAUCAAUUUUCAAAGUUAUGCCAUUGAAUUAAAUCUGAUUUCGCACGCUUAAUAAAAUGUUUUAAAUCUUCAUGUCUUAAUAGAAUUCCAGCGUCGUCAUUUUGGUUCGCUUUCAAAGUUAAUUAAAUACAGAAAAGCCUAGUUGAUUGAGAUUCAAAUAUAUUAAAUUACGAUUCAAGCGAAAUUGGUGUUUUUUCCCAAAAUUGGUAAUUUGAAGCAAUUUCAAGUUGAAAUAUUGUUAAGAGUUCUCUUAAAAACUAUUAUUAUGCUUAGCUAAAAUUUAGAAUAUGCCUGUGAACGUUCUGUUUGAGGUUUUGGGUGGCUAGAAAGACAACUCUAUAAAGCUAGCUGAAUAGAGAACCUGCUGUCUGGUUAAAAAUCUUUUUUUUAAGUGAUUGCGCAACUUUUGCAAUUUUCUACCCCCGUAGCCACACCUAAUAAACAUCUGUUUAAGCUUCCUCCUCGAAAAAUUAAAAAAAAAAUGCUUAUUUAUUCCAUUCUUAAAUCAUAGUUGUAAAUUCAAUGAAACAGUAUUUUAAAUCUCUGUUAAUCAGUAGUAGAUUCGUAUCCUUGACAGCUAACAGUAUGAGUUCCUCUGAAAAUCACCUUGAGUGUUAAAAAAAAGACGAGUGUUUGCUAAACUCUUAAAACUACAGAUGAUUUUAACGGCUAAGACACGGUAUAUCCUUUUUUUCGGUCAUCCGUAACGAGACUUCUUAAAGACUUCUUAAAAUCAUUUCUUGUUCAAGAAUUUUGAAAGAGCAUUUAGACGAUAAUGCAUGUGGAUUGAAAAGAAACGCGCCAUGUUGCAAUUCUACCCGCGGUUUCAAGCAAUAUGCUACAGCAGAGAGGAAGACAAAAAAAGUGUCUACUCACGGCCAGUUUUGAUGAGUUAAGUUGUUGUAUUAAGUCAUUUAGAGUGGCCCUUAACCAGUUACAGUUUUUUGACAGAGAACCUAAUAUUGAAAAGCUUCAUUCAUAAUCAAAAUUUAGUAUUAACAAGUCAGUUGCAGCAGCAGGAUUGAAUUUGCAAACGAAUCUUUGUUAAACUUAGAAGUAUUUGUAUAAAAAGUUACCAUUUUGCUUUGGAACGCCCUGAGUUAUAUUUUGGCGCAAUGCAGUGUAAACUAAGCAGAGCCUGACAGUUGCAAUUUUAUAAUUUUGCAGUUGGUCUAGAUAAGAAUAUCUUCAUGUUCAUCGCGUAUGCACGCCUUAGCUUGUUGCUAUAUUUUAGCUGGAUGUGAUUUUGAUUAUGUACAACUUGCACGAGUAGUCUUUUUGGAAUAACACAUUUACAAUUAAAUUAAUAACACACACGAAAAAGAAUUUGCUUACUCCUGGGAGAUAAAAAUUGUUUUCUCACACUUCCGUAACAUAAAAUGUAUAAUGUUGUUGGUUUUUUAAAGAGCGAAAUAAACUUAAGUCUCUUAGCAAAUAACUAACAACGUCCUUGAAAUCGUGCAUACCAUUACUUUAACUGUUGUGUCACUAACAAUUUAGUUGGACUAUGUCUUGAUAAAUUUUUUGUCGUGAAGCUACUUGAAGGAACGUGAACAGAACAUCUUGCGUAGGGUUUAAACAGACUUUCUUUAUUUUUUUUUCAAGCCUUGAUAAAUUUUUACUUGUUAUGUUUAAAACACAAGGCAGAAUAAAUAUGAGGAGUGAAUUUCGUGCAAUAAUCUGUGCUGGACUGGCUAAAUUAACUAGCUUUUAAGGUUUAAGUUGGGGAUAGGAUUUGAAAUUCUACACUCCUCAAGCUGAGCCUCAUUCAUAAAUUAAAUUGAAAUUUUGUUAGAUUCAUUUUCUACUGAGUCCCGUCCACUCUAAAAGCAAACAGAUUCCAAAUGACUAACUUUGUGCUGAAACAUCAACCGUAUAUAUUUCAAUCUCUCUCUGUUUUCUGAAUGCUUCAAUUUUAAUUUGAUUUUAGGCGAAUUUUAUCACCCAUUUCAUUUUCAGACUUACUUCCUUCCACAUUUGUGCACUGACAUACUGUUUAGGUCGCGGUUUCCAAUGAUCAUUGACUAAUAAUUUCUCAAGUUUUUCUUUACCACGGAGUGGGUGUUUCGAACCUUUUUUAGCCUUGUUUAAUGUUGACCAAAAGAAAAAUCAUUAAAACUAAGAAUGCAAAUUAUUUGAGUAUUGGAUUUACCUUUUAUCAAUAACGUUGUUGUGUUCAUUAUCAAAUAUAAUUUGCCCCGUUAAUGCUGGCGGCAUAUUGUCAAAGGAUUUUCCUAAAAGGGUUUUAUUGGCUGCGAGCCAUUUUACAGCAUGACGUUGCUAUUAAUCAGUUUUUGCCCAGAUUUCAUUUUGGAUUUCCAAACUUUCAAGUCAAGAUUUUCACCAACAAUGCAUAUAAUCCCUGCAGUAUUAUUGUAUCGAUAAGUUUUCUAUACCCAGGUGCUUAGAUAUAAAGUUCUCUAGGAGCAUGUCACUUUCUGAAGCCUUAAGGCAAAAACCGUUUGAUACAAAAUUAAUGACGUUUUUGACAUUUAAAAAGGCCUAUCGCUCGAGAAGUUGAUAGCAGACUUUCGUUCGAGAACCUUCGAUGCUCGUCACAUUUCCCUCAAGCACACUUCAAGUAACAAAAGAGUUCUCUUGUGUGGAUAAAUCCUGCAAAUUUGAUCUUGGAAAUUGUGCAUUUUCUUCGAGAACGUGCCUUAAAUCAUAAAUCCUUCAUUUAAAAAGCGACUAUGAUCAUGCUGUUUAACGAAGACUCUCUUGUCCGUUUGAGUAAAACAAAAUUUUAGUUUAAAACGUAAGAAUUAUUUCGUCGAAAUCUUUAUUUCAGUGAUUUUCUUCUUGAAAUUUUCAUGAUUCUCGACAUGUGUUAAUCCAUCAACAAACAUGUCUUAGGAAAUACGAUUCUAUUUAGCACCUGUUCUGACGUUAGCAAAAACACAAUUUGAAAUCUUUCCAGCUAAUCAUGAAAAAUCUAGAUAAGGGUAUUUUGGAGAGGAUUUCGGUAUUUAAGGUGAUAUCGACACGACCUUUUUCGUAAUUCAGAUACCAGGUUUUCGAUAAGAAGAUUCAAAAUACAACAGUUAAACUUCAGAAUUUCAGUGAUAAUCUAUGUAUGUCAUGUUGAGAGAGGUGAAUUGUCAACAAAGCGAGUGUUUUAAUGAUAAUCCAGAGCCACAGAGAGAGAUUUUACUGAAUAUAUAUAGAUUUAACCAUUUUCCGAAAUUAAUCCUUGUAUUUGAAGGGAAAGCAAAUUUCUGCUCUGCGCGCUGUUUCCCUCUUUGAUGUGCAUAUUCAAUCUCAGCAAUUAUUCAUGCGUGUUUUCAUGCGUGUUUUGUCCGGCUUUAGUUGAGUAAAUAAAAUAUUUAAACCCCUGCAAUCUAUAUGUACUUUGUUUAUAAUGGUUUGGUUGAAAUUCACGGUCCAUAGCAAAUAAAUCUUGCUUAUAUUUCCGAAAACAACGUCGCAAGUUUUGUUGACAUUAUGUUCCAGUAGAGUUUUAAAGGAAAAGAAAUCGGAACCAUAAGUGUGAAUGGUGAGAACUGCUCUCGCUAUCAAGUGGAUAACGCCCUAAUGCAACACUUCAUCGGUAAAAUAGCCUUUAAACAGCAAAGAAAGAAUAGUUUCAGAAAGCUUCUCCCAUAAGUAAAUCUGAUCCCAAAAACUCAGUGUAAAGUUGGUUUCAACCUAGAACUCUCUUGGAUCGGAGGGUUGAUAUGAAAAAAUUAAUUUUCUAAACAAAAUGUUUAUAAAAUAUACGCAACGACCUCUUAAGAAUAAGCAUUCUUAAAUUUCCUUCACGGAAUAUCGUAUUUCAUUUUUCCUAUAGCAUUAUUUUGUUUUAUCCUGUUCAUUAUGGCGUGAGAUAAAACUUUAAUUAGAAUCUUUUCAAUAAACACCUUCUCCUAGUGAGUCUAUGAGCAUUUUAUUGAAUGUUGUCGUCAGCGCUAGUUCUGCCCAAUUAUGUGAAGCCGUAUGUGUGUAAAAUCUCCUCAAUUGUCGCUGGUGUCCACGUUGGACCACACCCUGUCGUAACGGCCCAAUUGAUAUGAAGCCCUGCACAAAACAGCACUCUCAUUUCGUGUCUCGGUCGCUGCAGAUUCGUUGGCCAUGCCAAAAUCGUUCCUCAUAAAACCCAAAGUUUCAUCGAAGGCGGAAAAUGAAGAUGCAAGCCACAGGGAGUACAAAGAUGGUAGGGAACUUUCCCCCGGGAACUUUUCCCAGGGAGCAUUACUAGUGUAGAAUGUUAGCUUUACCGAUAAAAGAGAAAAUCGAAGACAUAUGUAAAACUUUUCCGCGGGAACGUUCUCAUUAAUUUCGCGAAAGGUGCUAUCGAGAUUCUACAAGUGUUCAGAGCAGUCGAUGUUUAGAUUUUACAGCUUUGAAUUCACGCAAAGAAUCUAUGCGGUGUUUUCUAUCGAAUCUUUGCACGAAAAAAUCAUACAAAAUAACACUCGAAAGACUUCAACGCACUUUUUAAAAAUUUGACCUUUUAGAAAUCUUCAAAAAAACGGAUGUUGUCCUUCAACACGAUUUCAUUGUAGGGCUACAAUACAUGUAUAACAAGGUUAUUUCCAGCUAACAGAAGCUACGUUAACCUCUCUAAAAAGGAGGAAAAUUCAGAGGCAUUGACAAAUCGGUAAAAUAUCAUUAAUUCGUGUAAGAGUUAAACCCAAUGGCUCAUUGAAUUUGAUAAUUUUUUAAUUUCAUUUCAUGCAGUCAGUAUUAAUAUUUGUAAAAUUUAGUUUUUAUGUCUUCUUAAUCAAAGAAAUACUAUUUUCUUUUUUUUCCAAUUUUCAAACCGUACGUCAAUCACUAUAAGUCUUCGUUUAAAAUUUUCUUCAAGAUAAGAGAGUGUUCUAUGGUUGUUACAGAAGAAGGCAAAUACAAUCAAACCAGUAUGAAACGGUAUCGUAAUAAGCGGUCAGUUUGUUUUCUCUUAAUCACUGUAAUUUUCACCUUUACGAAACGGUCAUCUUUAUCAAACGUUCCUGAUCACCCUUUACUAACUUCUAAAGGCCUGUUUUUAUUGCUCUCCACCUGUAUUGAACUGUCACCGAAAGCGACACCACUCGUAUAAAACUAAGGAUGCUACUUCGAGUAACUCUUAGUCCAUGAUUCACUCCCAAAAGUGAUAUUUCUGAACAAGAUUUUGAAUAUAAAAUGGUCAAUUAUGCAACACAAUGGCGUUUUUUACGGCUUUUUUUUUUUUAUUAUUUUUUUUUAUCAACCUGUAUUAAGCGGUCACGCCGAAAUUCCCCGAAUACAGGUUUGGCUGUGUUUCUUUGUUCACAAAGUCGUACCAGAGAACACUGAACAGAAAACAUUCCACGCAUCAGUAAGCUGUUCGCGUUGCAAAAUAUUUGAAUGGUGAUAAACACAAUGGACUCUACUGCAACUAAAUCGGUGAGCUUCACCCUCGGAAAACGUUUUGUAUCCUGGAACAGAUAAAGUCGAUCCGUGGACAAAUAUCUGUGCAUAAUUCGCGCCAAAUAGGGCCUAUUGUUUUCACCUUCACGCGAAUCUAAAAUGGAAGGUAUUUUCCGUCUCGGCGGCUUGCGCGUUUCUAUUCUUUUACUUUUGUUACAUUUUUCUCUAAUCACAGAAAAAUAUCACAGCAUAUUUCCUAUUCUGCCACAUCGUGUUUUCCGCUGAUUCGUUCCGGAAGUAAUCUCUUGGAACCUAAAGGUUCAAUUGUUUCAUUUUCAGUGUGACAAAAACUUUGUGGUUUUCUUUCUUUUGGUUUAGUACUGUUUGAUUUUUUCCUAACUGAGUUUUGGGUUCUGGGAUAACAUUCAAAUAAAACUGAAUCUUAUUUAACAAAACAAGCUAAAAAAAAUAAUUCGUACCUUUCCAAGAAGUUUCUUUAAAUGACAUCAUGACUGAUAUAAAAAGGCCAUUUCCCUCUGAGGUCUUUGACUGAAAGGCAUUGAUUCACAUAGCCGUUUCCUAAUUUUUGCUCACUUCUAAUCACCCUUAACCUUAGCUUCUAGAUCGUGUAAAAUUCACAUGGAAGCAGCCCCGCUCGGAGAGUUUAACCUAGUUUUUAUCAAAAGGCAAUCAUGACACAAGUUAAUGACAGCUCAAAACCUGAGGUUAAUUGAUACCUGUUAAAGGGGCGCGACUUGAGUGUUAUAAGAACUGGUGAGUUUUUGAAAAGGGAGAGGGGUAGCAUUUCAUUUUCAGUAUUAUUCCUUUAAAACUAGAGCUAAGACAACCAUAUCUUUUUUGUUUGUUUAUCUGGCGAUGCCUUUCUGUGAUGAUCGAUGAAAAGCGAUUGCUCUGGAAUUCGUGAGAGACAAUGGCCGGAAGAUGAAAUCAUGUUCUCGACUCUUUUAUUCAAAAUUCUUGGAAUUUCUCCGAGCAAUUUCAGGAAAAUGGCAAAUUUUCUCUCAAGCGGGUCCAGUAAACAAGUGUUAUGUUAGACUCAGGUUGUUGAUGAGAGCAACUAUAUCGGUGUAUCAGUGCUGGUGGUAAUCACUGCUUAGAUACCAGCUUAAAAUCAAUUUUUUUAUUCCUAAUCUUGAAGCAACAUAGAUUUCAUAACUUUGGGCCUAUGAAGGUUUAUAAACCGCGACAAAGGCGGGAAGGUAUUUACAACCGUAGAUUUUCGGUUUUGCCUGUGGAAACUCCAAGACGAUAGCAAUUCAAGUCGUGAUUAUGCCCACAAGUCUGUAUAGAGAUCACUUCUUUGAAGAGCUAUGUAAUUCAUUUUUUUAUGUAUAUAUUUCUUAUUUUAGAUGAAAGUGACACUGAUGAGAAUGGAAAUUACAAGGAAAACCCAGAUGAUGAGUCCAGUUCCGAGGAGGACACAGAUGAUGGGAACAGUAGCCAUGGAAGCCAAUCACAAGGCAGAUACCCAACUUAUUCCUCAGGUGAAAUAAGAGUUGCAACAUGUUAUUGAUGAGAGAAUUCGUAGCCAUUUUUGCCAUCUCAUCCCUUAGACCAUUUCCUUACUAGGUCUCACUAUAGUCGAACCUGUAUUAAGCGGCACCGUAAUAAGCACUCAACCUGUGUUAAGCGGGCGGUUUUCAAAGUCCCGAAAUGUUUACCCUUUUAUUACUGUAAUUUUCAUGUUUCUAUGGCGGUCACCUCUGUCAAGCGCUCGAGGUCACCCUUUACUGAGUUCAAAAGGCCUGUUUGAAUUGUCCUAAAUCUUUCUUGAACGAUCACUCACUCAAAUAGAACUAACAAUAAUCGUUCGAAUUUAAUUCACAUUUAUCUCCCGAAAUCAACGUCAGUAGUAAUUUGGAUUUUUGUACAUUAAGUGGUCAAAUAUGGCAUAAUAAGGCUUUUUUAUUGUUUCUUUAUAACAACCCUAUUCUGUGAAAAUAGUUGUAAGCGGUCACCACGCCAUUCCCCAUGGCUGACCGCUUAAUACAGGGUUGAGUGUAAGUCUGUAAACCGAUGCAGACCUCCAUCACCUUCAAGAGUAAUUAUUAAUCUGAUUAUCUGACUUUCCCAAUGUUAUUUUUCAAUUUAAGCUAUACGUAUUGGAUCUGGUCUAAGAUUUCUGCAAACAUUCCCCCCUUCCACCGCUAAAGGACAUGAAGGCCCACACUUGAAAUUCCCACAGUUCCCUCUGUGGAACUGCAGGCAGCAGCCUUACAAAGGACUCGACCCAUUUGCACGGUGGAUGCAGCAAUGGACGGAGAUGAGAAGGCUUCAAAGCGAUCCAUCCGCUGGCUUGUAUCGAUUCUACCAUGCACCUAUGUCCCAGGGAGGACCAAAGUACAAAUUGAACGAUCAAAAAGACGAGGAACUUCAGAAAGAAAAUGGCCACUUAUUAAACGCAAGCGGAGCUGAAUCGAAAGAUAUUGCAAAAGAAGGCAAAGUAAAAAUGCCUGGGUCAGUAACAAGACAGUUGUACAACUGUCAAGUGUGUGAUAAAGUAUUCAACAACUCCAUCAGCUUGAAGCAGCAUAUGAUAGUGCAUUCGAACAAGAAGCCAUUCCAAUGUAGGGUUUGCGGGAAAAGCUUCAAACGCUCCUCGACGUUAUCAACACACAUGUUGAUUCAUUCGGACACGCGUCCGUUUGAGUGUCACUUUUGCGGCAAGAAAUUCCAUCAGAAGUCUGAUAUGAAGAAGCAUACGUACAUCCAUACAGGAGAGAAGCCUCACCAAUGCAAUUUUUGCGGGAAGUCGUUCAGUCAGUCGUCAAAUCUGAUCACACAUUGUCGGAAACACAAAGGCUUUCAACCAUUUUCCUGCGAUGACUGCGGAGUGUCCUUCAUGCGAAAAGUUGAUUUGAGAAGACAUAUGUACAUACACGAACUGGAAAAUUAAAACGUUUUUCUUAUGGUUUUUUUUUUAUUAUUAUUUUUCAACACUACCUUCCACAUGUCGUUGAAACUCGGUAAAUGCACCCUUUCCCAUUUCAUAUGACACUAAGCUAGGGUUUUCUAUUUUGAUCAAUAUCAAAAAAAAUUAUGAUAUAGCCAGCUGCAAAGAGGCGAACAUAACAUCGCUGAAACUGUAAAAACGAGCAGUUAUUUCUUGAUGCAGCCGCGCCAUAAGAAAAAAGUUUCCUUCGUUUGAGACUGAACCCAAUAUCUUCGUUCCAGAGCAAUGUCAGUUGUUCCCUUGAUUAUAAUUGGCUUUCUUCAAUUCUGAUAAAGUGCAUCGAAAAUUUCUUUUUACUUCAGUAGCCUUGGCUUCUCAGAGAUACUAUACCAUUUAGAACACGAGAAACGUAAAAUUGACCAUCAAAGAAACAUUAGAAAGAGAAACGUGCAAGCAUUCCUUCAUGUUAGUAUUGCACCAUAUGGGGACAAUAAAAGACCCAGAUACGUAAGCAGGGACACUUCGAACAACAUUAUCAGAAUUUUAUCCUUGACUAAGAAGCUUAUUUGUAGAGAAAAUUUAUAUCAUAGAAGCAAAUCAAGAAGGAAUGUAAAUAAUUUUUCUCAUUAAGAUGCUACGAUGUCCCUAGUGAAGGACAGCUUACAAUCUAUUAAGCCUAAAUUCAUUGUAUUCUGAGCUGCAUAUCUUUUAAACAGUCCAAAAGUAAAAAUAUCUAUAUCAGUGUUAGCAAUUUGACAAUGUUAAGGAGAAUUAGAGAUUUUUUCUUCAAAAGUCGUUUUAAGAUAUUAUUUAUUAAUACAACAAUUUAGAUAAAUUUAGCUAAAAUUGUAUAAUAUAUGUCUGAACGUAAAUCCAUGAUGAUUGUAUAGGUGUAAAUAGAUAAACAAUUUUCAGUAAAACCGACUUGAAGUCAGUUUUAUUUCUCUCUUAGCCGCUUUUGUACCACCGGCUAAAAUCGUAAGAUUUUUGUAAAACUCUUCUAUAUAUUACGUUUGGAAGUUUAUUUCUCUCAGUAGUCCUAAAGCAGUGCAGUUCAGUAAAAACUGUUUUUAGCUUUGAUUUAAAUACUCAGUGCUUUUAUCAUUUAUAAGUGUAUCCAGUGCAAAAAAAAUGAAUUUAACUAUUUAUACUGUUAUAUUACUGCUUUAGGGUCAAUACUUGUAUAGACUUUGGUUUUAUAGACAAGCUACAUAUUUUCACUUAUACUAAACUUACAAGCCUAUUCCAAAUGUAAGCGAACGUGAUACAAAAUAAUCAUGUUAAGUGCUUCGCGAUUUUUCGUUUGAAGCACUGCAUGCGAAUCUUUUCAGUUUAUAGCCUCGAAUGAUUUAAGUUUCUUGUCACAAUCGCAUUUUUACAAGACUUUUAUGGCCAUUGCUACAUUUUCGUUACGAAUAUUUGCAUACAUAAAAAAAUUACGCAACCCAAACAACCGUUUACAUUGUUCUUCUGAUAGAAAUUGGCUGUAAAACCCACAAAUCAAAAAUGUACCAACAUAAUAAAGGAGACUGUUCAUUAAAAUAGCAUCAUUUGAGUGUGCCAAACUUUUGUAGUGGUUCUUGCUCCGCAGUUCAUUAGAACUUUGACGAAAGAGCUUGGAUCGGAAAGUCCC